CACUACGUUCAAGCGCACGCGCGUGCUGCCCAUGUCACUCGAGAACAUUGUGCACCACACGGUGAAUGCACACGGUCAAAUCCUGAGAUAGAGAUAGGCAAGGAUAAGCGCUCCAGUCCUGGGGUCCGACUUCUUCCGUCCGAAUCGAGUGGGACACGAUUUGUCCAUCCGAGCCACUGGCGAGCUCUCAUGGAUGACGCUACAAGGCAACUGAAGAUCAAUCCCAGCCAUGCUCAAAUCAAAUCAAGCGGCAAUUCCGUGCACUUGUUGUCGGGUCUCUCGCAAAAUGUGAGCAUCGACGAAUUGAUAGUCUCGUUGCCCUCCCGCGCAGUGGCGGAUAGACUCGUGGCAUCAUGCCUCAAAUCCUCAGAACCAUCCUUGAUGAUCAUUCAUGUUCCGACUUUUGAGACUCAGUGUCGCCAAUUUUGGCAGUCACCUGCGACUGUCAGUCCCGCCUGGCUGGCCCUACUCUAUUCGGUGCUAGCCUGCGGAGUGUGGAUCGAGCAUUUUCUGGAUCCCAUCCUAGCCUACUCCGAAGUACCGCAGUCUUUCUAUGCCCUCCGAGAAAAGUCAGCUGUCGCACUGUCGAAGUCAGAUCUCACUGUCCCUGGCAGGUUCAAGGUUGAAGCAAUGUUGAUUUACUUGGGAAUAGAGUACCUGCAAAGCAAUGAAUCGAAAACUGGCGUGUCGAUUCUUCUCGGGAUUGUUUCGCGAUUGGCGACCAUGAUGGGAUAUCAUCAGAGCGCCCAUCUCUGCCAUCCUCCUCUACUUGCUUUCGAAGCAGAGAUGCGAUGCAGGGCUUGGCUGUUGCUAUCAGUCAUUGACAACGUCGUUGCCUCGCAAACAGGACUUCCAAGAGUUAUGUACCAAGGCCUCACAAACUCGGCUCGCCCACGCAACUUACUCGACGACGAUUUCAACUCCACUAUGUCAGUGCUGCCCUCAUCCCGAUCCACAACCGGAACACUUAGCCACGUUGUAUAUAUGCUGGCUCUUGACGAUCUUUACUCAGUAGCCAAUGAGAUCGCAGAUCUUGCUGCAAAAGGCCCAAUCUCUCCCGACAGCACUGCUCGCCUGGGCCAGCAACUGGAAGCUCUGAGAAACGGCCUCCCGUGUUCUCUGCUAUACCAACGGUCGCGCUGCAUCUUGCAUCGUCAAUAUCUUAUCUCGUCUGAGUCAAACCCCAGCUUUGACGCUUUUCGAUGGGCAUGCGUGGAUGCAGCCCGUUGCGUUCUCGAGCAGCAGUGUCUCCUGUUUCAAGAGGCCCUGCACGGUCCGCGCAAUAGAAAGCGUGUGUGGUUUGGUGCCUCUCGGUCGGUGUCUGAUUGCCUCACUGCGGCUAUGGUGAUAUGUCUAGAGGUGAUCAACAGGACAAAGGUUUCAUCUCAGCCUUCCUUGACCAGCGACGCAUCUACAGAACUAGUCCAUAUUCUCCAGCGGACAUACUUCAACCUCAAACAGACCCCCAAAUCACCUAUAGAAAUAACCAAGGCAGCUGAGAUUCUGGCCACAAUGCUCGGUCGGAUGGGUCAUGCUGUGACCUGGAACAGUGAUUCAGACGAAACUCGGCCUUCUACUGACCCCAGUAACCCUAAGAUAUCCGACCCUCAAUUUCAAGAGAUCACGCCCCCGAGUGGCCUGCUUUCGUCUCCUUGGCUCGUCUUCGACAACUUGGUCCAUGGUGAUUCUCCGUUCGAGAUGUUUGACUGGGCUUACUGGGACCGGCAGAUGCAGCAGCUCAAUGGGGCAUUCUAUGAUAUCAUAUAGAAAGCAUGUGGUUGGUAGCCAGGAGUGUACGCCCGUCCCAGACUCCAAACGCCUAUGUUUCAAAGCUUCUCGGAUCCACAAGCGGGUCCCCGAAAUCAGCCCACGGUUUCCCGCACGUAUUUUACUCAGAGCUCCCGGGUUCCGCGUUUCUAGAAUCUCG